AUGUCAGGUAAUCCAGGAAGUUCAUUACGAGCCUUAUCACCCACUCCUCCUGAACGAGGAUCAUUCCCGUUAGAUCAUGAUAAUGAAUGUUACGAUGCUAUGGUUAAAUAUUUGAAUUGUAUGAAAUUAGUCAAAGGUGAGAAUGCACCCAAUUGUCGAUUAUUAGCCAAAUCAUAUUUAAAAUGUCGAAUGGAUCAUCAAUUAAUGGAUCGAGAUGAAUGGGAGCAUUUAGGUUUACCAAAGGAUCAACCACCACAGCAACAGCAAGUAAAAUCUGAUUCAUCACAAGCAGGGUUGGCCUCACAAGCUCAUUCUCGAAAAUGA